GGCGCUGUUUCUGCUUUCACCUCCUAAGGUUGAGAGAAAGUGAAUCGUAAUAGGUUUUUUUUCUUUCUCGGUCGUAAUUCGUAAAAUAUCUGGUGUACGUUCGUGGUGAAGUGAAAACAUUACAUAUCUCAGGUGCUGAGAGAUGGGGAAACAAAACAGUAAGCUUCAGCCGGAGCAAAUUACCGACCUUGUUCAACAGACGGAAUUUAACGAACAAGAACUACAGGAAUGGUACAAAGGUUUCCUCAAGGACUGCCCCAGUGGUCACCUUACUGUUGAAGAGUUCAAGAAAAUCUAUGGAAAUUUUUUCCCGUACGGCGACGCGUCAAAGUUUGCGGAGCACGUUUUUCGCACGUUUGAUAAGAACGAGGAUGGUACGAUCGACUUCCGUGAGUUCAUUUGCGCUUUGUCGGUGACUUCGCGCGGAAAACUCGAGCAGAAGCUGAGAUGGGCGUUCAGCAUGUACGACUUAGAUGGUAAUGGUUACAUUUCCAAAGAAGAAAUGCUGGAAAUCGUUAGGGCCAUUUAUAAGAUGGUGGGAUCUGUGAUGAAAAUGCCUGAAGACGAGAGCACGCCAGAGAAACGAGUCGAGAAGAUUUUCCAGCAAAUGGAUAAAAAUCUGGAUGGAAAGCUCUCACAGGCCGAGUUCAUCGAAGGAGCCAAAAGCGACCCCUCAAUUGUGCGCCUACUGCAAUGCGACCCUGCUGGGGGCUCCGGCUAGGCUUGGAACAUAAUUAGAUUGUGAAUAGCAGCUAUUGUAUUAUCUUGGCCGAAAACUCUUAAAUAUGCUUUCUGUCCUUUAGUCAAGAGUAGCACCCCCAGUUUUGCGCUUACACUUACUACCUUGAAAUUGGAGUGAUGGCUUUUUUACAUGGUUAGGUACUUAGUAUUGAGUGAAUAAAUGAUCUAGACCCUCUCAGAGGA